GAGUUUCAGUAUUCUGACCACAAAAGCAUACGUUCACACUUGCAAUUCCCAUUUUAUAUUAUUUGCUUUGUUUAAAAAAAUCGUAGUAUUGGAUUAAUUUCGCAUAUUUAAAGUUCUAGGUUAACAACCAUGGCCGAAACGGAGACGAAGCACCAUCCCGAGCACCACGACGAGGAUGUCCAUGAUGCCAACUACCAGGCUCCGCCGGAGAAGACCAUCGAGGAGAUAAUGGCCGCCGAUCAGGAGGACGAGAGUUUGCGGCGCUACAAGGAGGCACUCUUGGGGGCCGCCCAGGCAGAGAAAAUUAUUGUUGAUCCCAAUGAUCCUCGGAAAGUUAUUGUAAAGAAACUUGCCCUCGUCGUCGAAGGACGCGAUGACAUGGAAUUGGAUCUUACCGGUGACCUUAGUCAGUUGAAAAAGCAGCUUUUUGUGAUCAAAGAAGGUGUUCAGUACAAGGUGCGCAUUGAUUUUAUUGUGCAACGUGAAAUAGUCCAUGGCCUUAAGUAUGUUCAAAAGACUUCUCGCUUGGGUGUUACUGUUGACAAAAUGAAGCAUAUGGUUGGUUCCUAUCCGCCGAAGAAGGAGAUUCAGUUCUACUUGACCCCCGCCGAGGAGGCACCUUCAGGCACAUUUUCCCGCGGCACCUAUUCGGUCAGUUCGGUCUUCACGGAUGACGACAAGCACAUACACCUGGAGUGGGACUGGACCUUUGAGAUCAAAAAGGACUGGGCCUAAACAGCACACAAACACACACGACAUACAACAUACAACAUACGCUUUUUGUUUCCCCCAAUAUGUCUUGUAAAUGAGUUAAUUUUUGUUCCAAAAGUGUACGCGAAUUUUUCCAAAAAUGUAAUUGAUCGUCAAGUAUUUUUGUUAACGGUAUUAAAUUUUAAAUAUUUUUGUAACUAAAGUGUAAAGCCAUGAUAAGUAUUUUUGAUACCCUAUUUGCAAAUUUCAUGUGUGCAGAUGAAGAGCAUUUUUCGCCUAAGUCCUCAAUGAGACGCCAAGUCGGUCAGUCAAGUCAAAACCAAGUCAAGUCACUAGGCCAGUCAGUCAGUCGUUUGGUUCUAAAUGCAAUUGCCUAUGUUUAACAUACAUUUUCAAACAGAUUAACAAUUGGGUAAUUAACUUUAAGAAAGUUGUUUGCAUUUCGCUAUGUAUUUAAAUUUGAUGAACGGAAUGGUUUAUUGUGAGAUUAAGUCGCCCGAAAACUGAAAGAAAACAGAAAUCAUGCAACCCAAACUGUUAAAUGUAACUAAAGCUGAUACUUUAUUAUGCAUUUGAUGUUUGUGCGUCGUGGAAUCACUUAAAUCUACAUUAUUCUAACUAUAUACUAUCUCUGUGUAUUUUUUGUGUACCAUAUAUGCGAAUGCUGAUUGAAUGCAACCGAAGAGCAAUAAAUAAUAAAGUAUACAUAUUUUAAAAUAAAA